AUGAAGAAGGAUGCUAAGAUCGAAUGGACUACUGAAGCAAAAGAGGCUUUCACCCAGAUUAAGAAAUCCAUCACUGAGGCUUCCGUAUUGGCUAGUCCUGACUAUACUUUGGUGUUUUACAUAUAUUCUUUCGCAUCGUUACACUUAGGAGCAACUGUUUUGAUGCAGAGGCAAGCAGGGGACGAGAAACCCAUCGCAUUUAUGAGCUCCCCUUUCAAGAGUGCUGAGUUAAUGCAAUGGUCAUAUGAAUAUAAAGUGAUACCAAUUUUGUACUAUCCACAAGGUAACGAAGUAGAUGAAUCUACGAACAAGAACAUCCUAGAUGUUAUUAAAAAUCUACUCGAGAAGAAUCUCAAGGACUGGCAUAAUCAAUUGAGAUACGCCUUAUGGGUUGAUCGAACCAGAGUAAAAGUUGCCCUAGGAACUUCUCUGUAUUACCUUGUUUAUGGCCAAACUCCUGUUUUCCAGAUCAACUUACAAAUACCUAUCCUAAAGUUAAUGAAAGAACUUGAAAUUGAGGAUCAGGUAGAGGUUCGCCUCCUAAAUCUGUUGAAACUUGAUGAAAAAAGGAUUAAUACCUUACAACACUUCACCAAGCACCAAGCCAUUGUUAAGCGAUGGUUUGACAAAAGAGCAAAGGUGAAAGCCUUUCAGAUCUCUGACCUAGUUCUGUUAUGGGAUAAGGCCAAGGAGAAGAAAGGAUAUGUUUUUAUUCUCAAAGAUUCUAAAAGGAAGGUGUCCCUUGCAUAA